CUUAAGGACCCCUUAAGGUCUUCUCAGCAGUGCUUAACUAGAACGUCACCCUUAAGGCCAUGGCAAUGCCCCUAGAAAUGACGUGGGAGGAUGUCACAUGCCCUAUCUGCCUGGACCCCUUUGUGGAUCCUGUGAGCAUCGAAUGUGGCCACAAUUUCUGCCACGAAUGCAUCUCUCAAGUUGGAGAAGGUGGGGGCAGUGUUUGUCCUGAGUGCCAGUGCCAAUUUCUGCUCAGGAACCUCCGGCCCAAUCUUAAGGUAGCCAACAUGCUGGAAAACUUUAGAAAAAUGAGCCAGGAUACCAAGGAGGACACCCCAGGGGCACGUUGUGCAGUGCAUAGAGAAAAACUUCACCUGUUCUGUGAGGAAGAUGGGAAGUUGCUUUGCUGGGUGUGUGCCCAGUCUCCUAAACACCGUAAACACGCCAUGGUUCCCAUUGAUGAGGCUGCUCAGGAGUACCAGGACAAGCUCCAGGUGGCCUUGGAAAAACUGAGAAAAAAACAAGAGAUAGCUGAGAAGUUGGAAAGGGAUGUUGCGAUGAAGAGAGCAGACUGGAAGAGGAAAGUUGAGAAACAGAAAUCUACAAUUCACGCAGAGUUUGAGAAGCAGAAAAACUUCCUGGUUGAAGAGGAACAGAGGCAGCUACAGGAGCUGGAGCAGAAUGAGAGAGAACAGCUGAGACUCCUGGGAAACACACAGGCUGAACUGACCCAGCAGAGCCAGGACCUGCAGAAGCUGAUCUCAGAGGUGGAGCACAGGAGCCACAGCUCACCACUGGAGCUGCUGCAGGAGGUGAAAAUUGUCCUGGAAAGGAGUGAGUCCUGGAACCUGAAGGAGCUGGAUAUUGUCUCCCCAAAGCUGAGGAGUAUGUGUCAUGUGCCAGGAGUGAAGAAGAUGCUGAGGACAAGUGCAGUGCACAUCACUCUGGAUCCAAACACAGCCAACUCGUGGCUCAUCCUUUCAAAGAACCGGAAACAAGUGAGGCUGGGAAACACUCAGCAGGAGGUGUCUCAGAAUGAAG